ACGUAGGGUCGUUAAAUACUCAUUAGCAAGCUUUAUCAUUGUUAGACGAAAAAUAUGUAUUGCAGAAUCAGAUAGUGUUCAUUCAAGUGUGCUCACUUGGAUAUAUUUGUAUCUUCCUAUAAACUUCUACAGCUUGGACGAAAAUGACCGAUUUGACAGAUUCCCUGACCAAAGAGGGCUGGUACCUCAGUGAUGAAGGCAUAGCAGAAUUGAAAGGAUCUUCUGAGAAAAUAACGCACAUCGAUAUCAUUCGUAUUGCACUUGAUAGUGAUCUUAGACCUAUUGGGAGAAAAUUUGUACCAUCCGACAUCAAUAGUGGAAGGAUUGAAAAGUUGGAGGGACCAUGUGUCCUCCAGGUGCAGAAGGUGAGGAACAUCUCGGCUUCUAAAGACCAUGAGGAGUCCCAGGGUGCACCAAGAAUGCUGCGCCUACAAAUGACAGAUGGCCAUACCACCUGUGUUGGAUUGGAGUUUAAACAUCUGUCCAAGAUCAGUCUAAAUACCCCCCCUGGAACAAAAGUAAAGCUCCUUGGUACAAUCCAGGUUAAAAAUGGUCUUUUGCUGCUGGAUGACUCGAAAAUUUCCGUCCUUGGAGGAGAGGUUGAUCAUAUGGUGGAGAAAUGGGAGCUGCAAAGGAGUCUGGCCAAACACAGCAGGAAUAACAUCGGAGCAGAAGGUGGACCUCCUCCUUUUGUGCCCUUUGGUCAGAAGUGUGCAAGGAAGGGGGAAGUAGACAGUAGAGAAUUAGACCAGAGGAAAACCCUCCAGACUCUCAAUGUGGUCAAAAGCACCGAUGAGAAUGAUGAGUUUGAAAAGCAGCGGACAGCAGCUAUUGCUGAGGUGGCCAAGAACAAAGAGGGUCCACGUACAUUUGGCGGUGGAGGAAAUGCAGGUAGUAAUUUAUCCAACGCUGCCUCUUCCUACCGAAGCCGAGACUCGUACCAACAGAGGAGACGAGAGGACAGGGUUGAAAGGACUGAAAGCAGACAAGAUGGAAACUAUCGAGAGCUGGUGGAUGAACGUGCUCUCAGAGACAUCAUGGAGAUGGGCUUUAACAGGGAGGCUGCUCGGCAGGCUUUAAUGGAUAAUAACAACAACCUUGAGGUGGCACUUAAUAGCCUACUGACUGGAACUUCUAGUAGCAGACCCAGCCCUGUGGUAGCUGAAUCCAACAAACCCCAGCCCAGAGCCAGAGGAAGAGGAAGGGGCAGGUCCAGAAAUGAGGAUGAGGAUGAGGGAGCAGGAGGAAGGCCAUCUGGACCCAGCACUCUGUUUGACUUUCUGGAAUCCAAGAUGGGAGUUUUCUCCAUUGAUGAGCCAAAGAACCAGGCUCCACAGAGACAUCAUGAGAGUAAAGCAAAUUUUCACAACUCAGACUAUUACUCCAAAGACGCUUCUCAGACCAAGUUCUCCUCGCAUAAUGACCAUAGGCAACAAAGGAAUGACAGACCACCUCGUUUCCACAGGGACACUGACUUUCCCAAACCAGGCCAGGAGCCUCCCUCUAACUGUACAACGUCCCAAACAUCAGUGCAAGGCCAACAGUGGAAGGGCCAAGAGAGAUGGUCACGUGGAACAUCAGACAGACCGCAGAAUGACAGAAGAGACAUGCGGGAUGAGCAGAUUUUUCCUCCUUCCUUCCCAACCACUUUCACACGUUCAAAAGAACUUCAGCAGCAGUCGGAGUUUAGUGGGUCUUUCCACCAGCGAUCCAGAAAUGGAGAUGGAGGUGGUGGGAACAUGGCUGGACCGUCUCACAGGAGAGGUGCAAAGGACAAUGCUGCACCCACACCUAAACCAACCAAUUCUGCAGGCAACGACCUGGAUGGAAGAGGAAAUAAUAAGCGCACAGACAAUAGAAUUGAAGAGCCCAACAACAGCAGGAGAAAGGGGAAGACUGACCGGCCAGACAACCCUGACCGUCAAAGGGAUAAUGGUCCACCAAACUUUAUUUCGAGAGGAGGAAGCUCAGGGACGUCCCAGGACGCGGGGUUAUUGCAAGAUUCUCGACUCCUGAAAGGGGAUCCCUCUCAUUUCCAAAAUGGAGAUUUGGAACACAAAAGAACUGGGCCAAUCAAGCCAACAAACUCCUUUAGUCCUGCCAACAGCCAACAGCCACCUCCUAAGAGGAACUCUUCAAAUAAUCCAGGACCUAAAAGGAGGCCAGGGCAAAGUAAAGGUCAAGGUCAAGGUCCUCGAGGGUCAGAGAGAAGUCAUUUUGUGGAAAACGCCUGGAAGCCUGGAGACCAGUGCCUGGCAUUAUACUGGGAAGACAGCAAGUUCUACCAUGCCAGAAUAGAUGCUGUGCAUCCAUCAGGCACCACGGCCGUGGUUGUGUUCAGUGAUUAUGGAAACUGCGAAGAGGUCCUGCUGCAUAACAUCAAGCCUGUUCCUGCUGACGCCUUGUAACAUCACAACCAUAUCAAAUGUACAAUGGCAGGAGGAAGAUGAUGGGUACUACGACAGUUCACUAGAGUUUCGCCGCGGGGGAGAUGGACAGCCUAGACGUACAAGACCCACACAGCAGUAUUACCAGCCACCCAGGGCACGAGAUUGAUGUGUCUGCGUUUACACUGGCUGGUAAAUGAAUAUAAAAUUUCAGGGGUUUUUAUUAUUGAUUUACCUGUAAACAUCAGUGUGUGUAAAAUAAAUGAACAAUGCUCGCAAACAAUGUUCUUAAUUCCACUAAGAGUUUUUAAUCAUAACAUGUGGUGGGAGUAUUUCAAUGUUAUAAGCGAAAGCAGAGACUGUUCCCUGAAUGAAUUGACAAUAUCACAAAAUUAAUUUGUUGGCAUUUCUGUAACCUUGUCUCUUGCAAUAUUACUUAUGUAUAAUACAUAAUUGAAAUGGCUGCCUGUCACAGCUAAAAAAUCUCUCAUUUUAAUGUAAAAAUUGAUUUCUACAAUAAAUAAUUUAUACUUUCUCUGCUGGUACAAUGCAUUGACUGUGUAAAAAUUAUUUCACAAAUUGGCAACAGUUGUAAUGCCCGGAUUCAAUCAAAAUGCCAACAAAGGUGCAUUUUGUUCAUUUACUUCAACGAUUGUCUCUCUUUCUCCAUCUGUCAGUGUGCUUGUCCGACACCCUACUGCGACAGAGAUUAUGUCAAUUUCUGCAACAAUCCAGAGUGCUUCCUGAACUUUCAAGCGUCCGCAUCGUCAGGACAUACAGAACUUAUCAAAGGGCUUGGACUACAUGCAAAACUUAAAAAAUAAACAAAAAAAACUGACGAGCACCUGUUGUUAAGGACAUAUCUACUGUAUAUGUUGUGAAGAUUUGUUAAAUGGAUGCAUUAAAAUAAACAAAUAUUAUAGUAUGUAGCAUAUUUGUUGUUUAAUGUGUUUUAUUUUUAGUUAUCAAAUUCAAAUGAAUAAACUG